CUAGUGUAAACCCGCCAUAACACGUCGCAGCCUCACUAUUACUGAUGCAUUUGUCAGUCCAGACUACCUUGUCAUAUACGUACCCUGGUAUCCAAAAUCAAAAUCAAUAUGGCAUCAUUUGUUUACCAACAUAUCAUUUGUGAGGCUUGAAAUCGUUGAAAUCACGGAGAAAGAUAGAAGCAAAGAAAAAUGCGCUGCUUUAUUUCUAAUUGCAUGAGCGAUUUUCAUAUUUCGGUUUCACAUGGAGGUGUUUCGGCACAUAGUAUUCUUUUUACAGAUUCCCACAAGACGAGACAAAAUUUCAAAAAUGGUGUGAUGCAAUCGCUGCUUUUGCGUCGAGUUUUGAUGAAAUAAAACGAGAAAAUGCACGAAUUUGUUCGUUACAUUUCCUACCGUCCGAUUAUAAGCUUGUGAAAGGCGUUCGAAUUUUACUUCCUGAUGCGGUACCGAGAAUUUCCCAGGCAAAUGAUAACUUUCGUCAGCUUCAAAACAUUAAGUCCGUGCGAGAAAUACAUUCGCAAAUGAAAACCUCUACGGCUGUAUCAAGCUCUACAUAUCACUCGCAGCCCAGUAACAAUCUCAACCAUGUCGUUUCAACGAAGCAGAAAAAUGGCAUAUCUGCCUUAGUCACUGAGGCAACAAAAUCUUCAAUCAGGAAUUCCGAUGCACCUGUUGUCAAACACAAGCGUGAUCUCAGCAAACCUGCCGACUGCCUACAACAGAUUGGUGUGCCGGAAGCGGUUCAAAAAUCAAUGCCAACGGUUGGACAUGACAAUUGUGAGGAGCAUUCUGAGAAAACACCCGAGAUCUCGGUCGCCGUGGGCCAGAAAAUGAUACGCUGCGUUGUGGAUGGAUGCGAGGAAAGAACUCGUAGUUUCAGGGGCAUCACGACUCAUCGAUUUCCGUUGGAAACAGUACAAUGCGAAGCAUGGGUCAAGUUUUCUGCAAAUCAUUACUUGGCGAAACAGUACGCUCUGAAAGGACCAUUAGGGGUUCGCAAUUGGGGGAUAUGUAGUCAGCACUUCGAACCGGAAUGCUACCGACAAAUGGAGAAUAAGAAGCGAGGUUUGAAACCUGGUUCGCUUCCUACUUUGCCUCAAGCGGUCGAUGGACACGUUGAGAAGUUUCUCAAGGCUGGGAGAGGAAUCGCAAUUCGAAGGAAGACAGUGAACCUCGGCCGGAAUUAUCUUUACAAAAGCUCUCAACAUACGCAAACGGAAGACGUUGGCCCCCAGCCGGCAUCAGUGUCGAUCCCCGUGGAACAGUCAGAUUGUUGUCGGUUGUGUUUUACCACUGAGAACCUUGAACCACUCUGCUCGGGGACGAUGGUUGUUCGGGACGAACUGUUGGACAAAAUAUAUAUCUGCACCGGGAUUUUGAUUAUACCGAAGCCGAAAAAGUUUAUUUAUAUUUGUAAAAAUUGCGCCAAGACUAUUAGAAAUUUUCACCUCUAUCGGCAGCAGAUUUGCAGCAAUAAUCGCAUGCUUGUUGCUAGUCAAGAAAAAAACACAAGCACUGCUGAGGAGUUGUCUAGUCAUAAUCAUUCACCUUCGUGGGAACCCGAGACUUACAUACCCAAUUCAACGUUACUUGUUCGGAGGAUACUGCCCACUAAAAUGGGAGACGACUCAACCCAAGAGGUGAAGGACGAAAUCACUAUCGACAUUCCAGAUGGUGAUGAACUAGAAGCGGUAGAUCCAUUGGAGAACCUCGAUCGACCACAUCCAAACAGGGAAAGGGAAGCUUCGGUCGAACUUGAACUUGAUUUCCUAGAGGAGGACGACGCGAAUAUCCCCACGUGCAUUGAACCAUCGAACGAUUCGAUAGAAUCGGACGAUUCACUGGAGGCCGACAGCUGCUGGAAGUGUUGGCACUGCGACACGACGUUCGUUUUCAAAUUUGAAUGCGCCAAGCAUUUGUUGCAGGUGCACCAGGAAGAUGUUUCUAUCAUAGGAAAACGCUUGGAAUUGGACGAACUGAACCGUAACAUGUUGGAGAUGAUGAACCAAGGGAGGAAAAGAAAGAUGAUUGACUGAAGUUGCGAGCUGAGGAAUAAACUGAGUUUUUUUUUCGUA